AUGCUAUCCAACAAUUAUAUACAUAGCUUCAAAAACAAUAUAUCAGAGUAUUUCAAUGAUUAAGAAGAUUCUAAUUUAUAUUUACCUCGUUUCAAGUUAGUUAAAGAAUUUAGCAAGGACGUAAAGAAUAUAUCAUCAUUUGUUCCCUUCAUUAGAGAAAGGGAUCAGAUGAAUCGUUUAGUAAGGAUCAAUUCAGAAAAAUAAAGAUAUCAUACAGAUCAUUCUCGAUCACCAACAAAUUAACAUCAUACUCCAGAUGGUCAUUGGCAUUUCAAUAAACAUUACAUAUUACCAGAGAAGAGAAAAAAACCCAAUUUGAAAUUCAAUUAUUAAAUAAGGGUUGAACCUAAAAUUGAAUAGCCUUCUUAAAGAAUCGAUAGUAAACCAUAUUUAAUAGAAGAAACUAUUAAACCUAUGCAAUUAAAAUAAAAAAUUUAGUUUUUUUAACGCAAUAAUCUAAAAGCUAAGACCAAAAAAUUAUUGAAUUUAAAUAACUAGAAUUAAUCAACUGAUGAACCGAAGAAAAUCUAAAUUCAAGUUCCUACAGAUGUCCUAUAACCAUACAUCAACCAUGAAAUGGAAUAAAUGAAACAAGAUCUAUUUUUUAAAGUAGACAUGGAUUAUCAUUUCCCAAGUGAUUUAACAGACAAGCUUAUUUAAUAGAAAUAGUAACUAUAUUAAUUAAUUAGUUUAGACAUAUUGAGAAAUUAAAAAGAAGAUUAAAAGAAUGGGGUGAAAUGA